AAUCUGUGACGUUGUGGGGCGAACGUUUGGUUGCACAGUCUGAAGUUCUGAACAACAUCAUUGCAAGUCUGCAACAUGACAUGGACCCCAAAUGCCCGAAACACUUCUGGCCAGGAUACCACGUAUUCCUGUUCAGCCACCUUUAGAUACCCGCAGGUUUAUAUGCAGAAAUAGCUGAUGUGCCAAUUUCGGCAUCUUUCACAGCUCUCCCCAAAAAGGGAUAAUAUAAUCAAUACGCGUAUUCAGCUACUCCAUGAUUGCCCUCUGGGGAGACCAAUAAUGUUGUUUCUUGAGGGCUGUGAUCGAAUUUCCAUGUGUUUGGAAACUCAAUAUAACUAACUGUACGCAGGUAUAAAUUGUUCAAUGCGCCUCGAGUUAUUUGGAUUUUCGUUCUCCAUUUACAUGCUCGUUCUGAUCCAUCCCAUCCCUGAAUCCAACAUUUGCGAUCAUCUCAAAUUUUAUAUACAAAUAUAUACCUUUGGUAUAUGUUAUUUUCAUUUUCCCCAUUUAUGCGAAUUGCCUAAAGCAUUUCCUUGACCUAUACGCCCUGUUAUACUCUAUGCACAAAAUAAAGAUCAAUCAUCCGCAACCACGUCAGCCAAUCACCUCCUCCUCUGUGCGUCGCACAUGCAAGCCAUGAACAACAACAUGGCUUACAUGCCGACGCCAAUUCGCUCUGUACAUGUCAUUAAGGAGGAUAGUUGGACUCGCCGCAGUUACAAAAUAACUACCCUAGAUGACCUCUCCUGCCUUUACACAGUUGACACCUCUGACGGGGCCCCACAAGUGACAUUGACGCGACAUCUUCAGCCAAUCCCAUACACUCGACAGGCCUCUUCCAUAUCGAGGCUCUCGGGACAGUUUUCUCUAUCGGGCCUCCUGGGACAAUCUCGACAUCAUCAACAACAACAGACCGGGCAGUCUAGCAAUAACUACGUCGUCGGAACAGCGAACUUCCAUAUUACCGUCUCAUCGAAAAUCGACAUUCACCUCAGCACCAACCAAACCAUCACCAUGAAGCGGCCAGACUCGUUCUCCUCCAAGCGCAGGUUUGAGAGCCUGACACCACUUGGCACGUUGGAAUGGAAGAGUGGGGGUGGCGCCCUGGGGAGUCUCGUUACCAGUGAUCUUAAACUAGUGGACAUGAGUGGGCGUACAGUUGCGCGGUACCAGAAACACUCAUCGUUGCUGUCCGGGCGAAGUGAUGAGAUUACGUUGUUUGUGCCAGAGUUAGCUGGAUUUCUUGACAUUGUAAUCAUUACAUGCAUCGCCACGAUUGAGUAUAGAAAGCUGGAGGAGGAGAUUGUAACUGAGGCAGCUGAUAAUAUAUGAAUGUGCGGGUACCGAUAGGGCCAGAAGGUACUGUUGUGGUUAUUUUGGCUCUAUUACAUUGUCAUGUUUCAUUUCUUACUUAUGUCUAACUUCCUUUCCUUUCUGCCCUCAUUUUGUUUGUAUCUAGUUCGCAUCUGGCCUGGAGCCUUCAUAGCCCCCCCCCUCCCCCCCCCUCCGGCUCUUUCACUGUGGGUACUCUAUUUUUAAUUCCUAUUUACCAACCAUGAGUUUUCACAAUAUCAAAAUGGCAAUGAAUUAUCAAAGCCAUUAUUGUAUUAGACUGUGAGAACAUGUAUGAGUGGCUUUUGAAAGAAAUUUGGCUGAAGCUGAGCCUGAAGACACAGCUGGUAACCUGUGUCUUAGACAUGUAAAAAUCAGCCCUGAUUGAAACACAGCAAAUCAGACAAGGAAAAUAGAGGGGAAAAAACAAAAUAAGUAAGUAAAUUAAAUAAAACAAACUAAUAAUCAUGAUUGGAAAAAUUUACAAUAAAAGAAGAUCGUUGAGUCAUCAAUUUG